ACACGGGCGCAGUGUGUUCGACCAAAUGAAAUCUUUAAAUGCCUGCGAGGUGCUUUGUGCGAGGUGAUGCGCGCUGACGAGUCAAGUGUGUGCCCGUCCGUUGAUUCGCGCCGAGCCGUGCCGCGUUUGUGUGCGCGCGACGUACCUGAGUCAAAUUCCACGUGUAUUGUAUUGCUCACGUGUGUGCCUCCGUAUGCAUGCGAGCGCGCGCACGUGUGUGUAUGUGUGACUCACUCUCUCAUGCGCGCAUACAAGAGGGGCGAACAUGGAUACACGGGGGGACCCUCCGCGUCGACGUGUGUGCACGUGCAGCGUGGGUUAAAGGCGCGCUCACACUACACAGUCGAGUGAGCGAACGAGCGAGUGAGCGGGCGGGCAGUUGAGCAAGUUUUAAUUAAAAACCAACGCGCGCGCGGCAAGAUAGCCGGAAGUAUCCGCGGCUCUCCUCCUCGUUUCGGAGGAUGGGAGACAAAAGGGGGGCGGAGAGCGUCGCGCGAUAUCGCCUCUUCAUUCCUCUCUUAUCUCGCCAUCUCGAGCCGCUCAUUAUUCGCGAGAAUCGCGCGCCAAUUUGCUGGAAUUUAUGCAAUUCGACUCGACGGCGUAGCCAUUAGCCACGUAUCGGUGCUCAAUUGUCGCGCCGCAACAAUAGAUACGUGUCUGUAAUUAGGGUGUAAUCGAGUAGCCAGCUUCCGCGUUUCUAGUUCGUUGUGUCAUAGAUUGCUCGCGUCUGCUCUCUUAUCGUGCGUCUUCGGCGGGAUAAUGAAUAAUUUUCGGGAUAAUGAGUCGGGCUAGGCAUUCGGGAGAAUUUUCGCGCGACUUUCGCAACGCCUGUCGUCGCAGGAGCGCACGAAUAAUACGGCAUUGUGUCGUCGAAAAUCAGAGCACUUCCCUAUUCGUCGAAUUUACGACUGCAUUGUGUUAUCGGACUCGCAUUUCUUAAUAAUCUCCUCCGCAUACAUCGUCACUACUCCCACUAUCGUCCCCGACGACGCGCGGUGAUUCACGCUCGUUGUGACAGACGCUUUAGAAAUGGUUAGCAAAACUCAUUCGCCGUCAAGAGAGAGAGACAGAGAGAGCGCACGACGAGUUCUGGAGGAACAUCAUCGGAAAGAGAGACAGAUGGGCAGGGAUAUAGACACAGUAACAAGGAGGGAAAAUGGAAAAGAGAGAUCGAGAGGGACGUUGCUGGGCGGUGCUUGCUUCAGCCACGGCCCUUACACAUUUUAUAAGGCGGUGAGGAUAGGUAACGGCCGCGUCCUACGUCUCGGCAGUUUCUUCCUGACGAAAUUGUGGAGCGAUGCCGACCUCGUCAGCAUCGGGGAGCUUCAGCUGCUGUGGAUGGACAGCCGUGGGCCGAAUCAGCCUCUGGCGUCCUUGCGCCUCUACUUCUUACCUGAAAACACGCCGGACGGUAGGAGGGACACGCAUGGAGAGGACGAGGUGCUGACGAUUUCGGAGAAGGUGGUUGUCCGUGUGCACGAUCUUGUCACGUGGCUGUCGCCUACGUUGGAGUGGUCAUGGGGCCGAGAAGUGUACUACCCGACGAGCCCGAUAUCGUCUCCGGAGACGAGUCCGCUGCGAUACGAGAUGCCACAACCGCAAGUGCUCACCGAUCCGGGGAUCGACUUCUCGGACGUUGACAAGCAGCAGAAGGAAUAUGAGAGCAACCUGAAUUCCAUGAGGAGAUCGGACUGCGGCUUCCAGACCAAGGUUGUGGUGCUCUCGUAUCCCAGGUACUGCCGUUACCGGGCACUCCUGCGUAGACUCGAGGGCGCCGAGCCUUCCUGGCUGUGCUCGUCCAUCGCGGCCGCGCUAGGUGGCUUCACCGCGACGCCCGGCACCAGGGUGCUCUUUUGCAGGGACACUUUCGACUACCCCGACCUCGAGACUCACGAGCUGUUGUGUAAUCAUCUAGCACCGAAGUUGAAAGGUAGACCACGAAGGAAACGCAAAAAGCGCAGCGCAUCGCCGGGCGAGUCGAGCAACGAGAGCGAAGCCUCGGUCGCGUCGACCUCGAAGAGCAUGUCGGCGAGCACCAGCCUGGUGAUACCCGCGGUGGGUAGACCACCCUCAUCCGCGGUACGCCGGAGCGAAAGGAACACCAGCGCGGAGGAGAAGAAGUUCAUCACCGACGUGCAGAGUUUCAUGAACUCUCGGGGUACGCCGGUCGGAAAGAUGCCACUGCUGGGCUACAGGCAGAUCGAUCUAUUCCUGUUUUAUACGAAGGUGCAGAUGCUCGGAGGUUACGACUCCGUCAGCGCCGGUCGUCUUUGGAAAACGAUCUACGACGACAUCGGCGGCAAUACGGGUUCAACCAGCGCCGCGACCAUUACGCGCAGACACUACGAGAGGUUGUUAUUGCCCUACGAGAGGUAUCAGAGAGGCGAAGAUAUAAAAGUGAAACUGAAUCAUGGGCGACGUACCAAGACCACGUGUGUGUCGGAGGAUCCAGACAUCAAGGAAGAAUCUAACGACCCAUACCCAUCGGAGACAAUUACACUUGUAGAAGCGAUUCCCGCGACCACAACACCACCCCUGCAGCCGAUAAUGUCAGCAGCGACGACUUUGCUCUCCUCGAGCGAGAAGCCCAAGACCGAGGCCGGCAACAAGACGUCCUCCUUGCGUAGCGUGCGAGUGAAGCCGGAACGCCUCAAGUCGCUCAACACCAUGAUCGCCAAUAGCGCGACGCCCUCGAGCCAGCAAGCUAGCCAACUGCCAAGUCCACCGCCAUCCUCCAACACUUCUAUCUCGACACCUAGCAGUACACCCUCCACAACACCCACGAACGGCACGAACGGUAGUCAGAGCGUUUUAGAAAGGCAGCUCAACAGUCCUCUGAUAUCCCAGCAAGUUCCACCAUCGUGUUCGCCACCGGGCCUGCCUGUAACCACCGUAGCGACGAACGCGUCGGCGGUCGUGACGCUGACACCACCGCCGGAGAAGGACAUGAAGGAGAUCAAGCUGGAUCCCAAGCAGACCACCCUGCUGGCGCAAGGCAAGGAGAACAUACCAUUGUUCGGCGAGAAGACGAUGGUGGUGCCGCCGUCCAGGUCGCCCGAGGUUAUCGAUCUCGAGACGGAGAACGACACGAGCAGGGACAAGAUUAUCAUUCCUAGCUUCAAGAAACGCAAACUCGAGAUUUUGCGCGAAGGCGGCCUCGAGGUCACAGCCGUCGAUUUGGACGCGCGACCGAGCGUAAUUCAGAGUAACAUCGCGCAGCAACCGCCACCGGCCACGAUGAAAUCAUCCGAGGAGAAGUCACCGAUCUCGUAUCCGUUGCCGAUCACGCCCAACUCCAUUCCUAAGCUGAUAUCCGUCACCGUGACACCCGACAUCGGCCACAUGCUGCCAUCGCCGCAUGAACAUCAUCAUAACGCGAGUCACCAUCAUUCGCGACUGCUGUCCGCGGCGGUACCCAAGCAACAACCGGCUCAUCACAAUAACAAUAACAACAGCAUAAUAAACAACAACAUGGUGAACAGUCGGGUGAUAAAUCUCGGUAGCUCGAACAACGCCGCGCUACUGCAGCUGUACGCGAACGCAAACGUCCCGCCGCCGUCGAACUUCACGGCCGCGAACAAUCGCUUCAUACCGCCGCAUGUGCCGAACGGCAGGCUGCCGCCACCAAAGGUCACGCAGUCGAGGUCGAUAUUUGUGCAUAAUGAAAGGACGGUUUACGGGAAUCCGAAGGAUAUCUUCGUCCCACCAAAGUAUCGUUCAUCGCAUCAGCAUCCGCACUCGCAUCUACAGCAGCAACAACGCCUGCAGCACCUACAGUCGAGCGGCAACAAUGAUACCGGUGGUAUUCUUGAUCUGACGCAGAAAUUUAGCGAAAAACCAACCUUCCCCAGGCCCAGUUUAGAAAUAGUUAGAGUACCUGUAGUGCCGAGGCCUAAUCCGUUGAAUUUGGAAGUGCGGAGUUCACCCGCGAGCAACAAACUUGUUGACAAACCCGUGGACUGUCCGAAGCGAGUGCCCUUCCCCGCCUACCAGAACGUCAUCGACAGUCGAACUAUAGCUUCGAAUAACCUCGAGAUCACACUUGUGAAUCCCAAGCAGAAGAACAACCAUCUGAGUACGCCGUCUCACGCGCAGAUACCGAGUCCACCUAAUAAAAGUAGCUCGAUGCAUAGCAGUAGCGGAGCGCAGAGGAGACAACAGCAACAACCGUUGCCGCCGCCGCCGCCAUCGCCGCAAAUGAAUGGAAAGUACACAGUGAGGAGUGAACCAGUCUCACCGUACACUCCGAGAAAACCGAUCCACCCUGUCAUACCGAAUGUACCUAACCUGAAUCACCUGAACAGCGGCAAUCCGUUUCCCAGAAUGAACACGACGAUGCAGCAGCAGAUGAGUAUUGACAGGAGGAAAGCCGCGGCGGAGGUCGGCAGGGAGCAGCAGCGCAGGAUCAGUGAGGGUGAGAAGACCCUGGUGGCGGCGCAGCAACAGCAACAACAACAGCAAGAACCUAGGCACAGCGAGAUCGGCCGACGACACAGUGUACCUAACAUACCGUCCGGCUUCGUGCCGGCGGUGCCGCAAAACAAUCCCGCUUUCCUGCCGCAACUGCCAAACACGCCCGGCAAGUUCCUACCGAUCCUGGACCCCAUGUACUACUCCGCGUUCUACAACGCGGGCCUCUUUCCGCCGCCGAUUCCGCCCACGGCCGCGACGUCGUUUCUACCGCCGGAAUUCAGCGCGUAUUACAAGGAACUACUCGCUUCCUCGCAACCAAGACUGGGGAUGACGGGGCAGCAUCAGCCGGCCGCCCCGACGUCUAAAUAGACAAUGGGAUCUCAUGUAGGGUCUCCGGCAUAGCGAGAGGGACGCUCUUGUGUGUCAUUAGAGAAAGGGAUCCGUCGGAUUUUCUCGCUGUCGUAGGAUUCACAGAGCGAGAAUUCUUAGCGAUCGACGCCGAUGAUAGUAGUGUUUAGUCACAUGGUGAGGACGGCGAUACGCAUGAGAUUACCUGACUUGACACGACGACGUCACACCGCUCCAUUCGACCACACGUCGUUUCUAACUGGUUGAGCAACAACGGCGACAAAGUUAUUCACAGUGUUCGUCCACGACAGAGCGAAGAUUAGUCCUUUCGCGCGAAGAUAAAAUGGAAUUAUACGACGGCCUGGCGGCUUUUCAGAAGAUGAUGUGUCUUCAGAGUUUACGUCACGUUGUCUACGUAAUGCGUGUUUUACGCGCGCGUGAGCGCACUCGACGAGUUGCAAUAAUACGUUAGUCCAGCAGAGCAUGUACAAUUGUUUCGUUCAUUCUUCAUCGGAGACGAGAUUCCGAAUGAUUAUCGAUAUUAAGAGAAAAAAAAAAUACCCUGUGAUAAAAAUGCGACCGUGUGUUACUGUUCGAGGAGGUGCAGUAAUAAGUGGAAUUACGCCACGAGGAAAAAAGAAAUCGUUAUUCUUACGUGUUUAUUUUAUUAUUAAAACCGUUUACGCGCGCGCGUUUGUUGAGAGUUUUUAAGUUGCAAUCGGCCGAGCUAAGCGAGGUAAUCUGAUUUGGAGAUUUGCAUUUUCGCUGCUGCACUCGAGGUUCGGGCAUUCCGUUAGGCUCUUUGGGUUGUCGUUUCUUUUUUCCUUUUCGCUUAACGCUCCCGGAUACGUGCUCCCGCAUAGAUCAAUUGUCGCGAGGUCGUCGCAAUGUGUUUAUUUUCUGUUGAUAUUUCACAAGGCGCAUUUCUGUUUUUUAUUCGAUGUACGACGUGAUAAAUCCGGCGCGAGGAAGGGAAAACGGCGAACGCUGGACCGGCGGAUCAUCGGAACGUAUAAUUGUUUACUGUGUAAUAUGGUAAAGUCUUAUGUAGUAACGCUCGCGAGAACCCUAUGUACCGUAUAAGCUAGAGAAUUUUCAUUAUAAUAAUAAAAAAGGAUACAACAAUCA